AACUCUAUGAAUUAAAUAUUGCUUUAGAACAAUUACAGAAUGAAUACAAAUUUGAUAUUAAUUAUGAUAAUACUGUUGAUGAAGAUUAUGAAAAAAAUGUGCCUAUAGAUGAUGAUAUGUUUUAUUCAACUUUCACUAAUACUCAAAUUGAGGAAUUUCAUAAAAUUUG